UCUCUCUCUCUCUCUCUUUCUUUCUUUCUCGCGCUCUCGUUCUCUCUUUCUCGCUCGCUCUGCCUUCUAUUCCCUAAACCCCCUUCUCCACUGCUCUCCCCUCCCCCGCCGCCUUCCUCUCUUUACUCUUCCACCGCCACUCUUCCUUCUGCUCGUCGUCGUCGUCGCCGUCGUCGUGGUCUUCCUAUACUCGCCUCGUUGCCGCGCGACGUCAACAUCGUCGGCUGGUGGUUACCCGGAGGAAGAGAGGCGAGAAAAAAGGAAAGCGAGCACAGAAGCGGCCGCCACCGACGGCGCUCGUCCGCGACCGGGUUGCGGACGAUCUCUCGCCUCUUCCUCCUUUCACGGAUCUUCGCCGGCACGUUGGAGUAGCUCAGAGAGAGAGCGAGAGCGAGAGAGAGAGAGAGAGAGAGAGAGGGAGAGAGAGGGUGGGAGAAAGAGAGAGGGAGAGGGAGGUGACACUUUCGGACAGACACGCGGCACGAAUCGGCGGACGCGCGCGAAGAGACACGGAAGAACCGCGCUCUCCUCGGAUCAGUGACGGUGGCGAGAGAUCUCUUUGGUUUUUUCUCUCUCUUUCUCUCUCUUUCUCUCUCGCGCGCGCGCGCGCGCGCCUUGCGAUCUCCACCCGCGGAGCCCUUUGUCCCGAAAGCGUGUGAGUGUGCAGUGGAUUCGCCGGUGUUUGGCCAGUGGAUAAAAGCGACGACAGUGCGUGUGAUCUUGGUUUGACAGUAUCGUGGACAACUAUAUACGCAAAAGCGCAGCAUCGCCGCCGCCGCCACUGCCGCCACCGUCGUCGUCGCCGUCGUCGUCAUCACUACCACUGCCACCAGCACUACUGUCGCCCCCCCAAAGGAAAACAACGGGGGGUUUCGGCAACAAUUUGGUAUCAUUAACAGCAUCGCCAACGACUCGCUACCUGAGCAUCAGGUAGUCGACGUGACGACGGACGUCGUCACGCUGUUUUUCGUGAGUGAUCGUGAAUGGUCUCAGUGGUGUGACUGUGUGUAUCUCUCCUCGCCAUCAGUGGCUCAGUCAGUGUCCAUGUGUUCGAGUCGGUUGUGCUCACGGCACAGUCUUCAAGGCAACACCGACCGUGGUAGUUAGACGAUAUACGCGUGCUACAAUGGCCAGUGCGACGGUGAUGGGUCUGCGUCGCAGAGCGCCGGUGAACAACUCGCCAACUCCUUCCGGCCAGUCGCCGGCCACGGCGACGAGCGGCACGUCGUCCAGCAAGCGCUCGAGAAGCGAGAACAACAACAGCCCGUCCCAUGGUAAUCUGAACUCGAUGAGCGGCAACGGCGGCUCGCGAGACGAGCCGCCGACGAAGAAGUCCCGCGGGACUUCGACGAGCGGAGCGAAGGGUAGUAGUGGCUCGUCGUCGUCGUCGUCGUCGUCUUGUCCCUCCUCCUCCUCCGCGUCCCUCACGUCGUCGUCCGCCACCGCUACUUGCUCGACAUCCUCCUCUUCCACCUCCUCCUCCUCCUCCUCCACCGUCGCUGCCGCAUCCUCGUCCUCGGUCACGAGUACCUCGGCCGACAGCCAGAACUCGAGGAGUCGCGGAACUUCCGUCUCGAGAUCGGCCACUCAGACGAAGUCGUCGUCUACGUCGACCGCCGCCACGGCCGCCUCGGCGGCGGCGGCGGCGGCGGCGGCGGCCGAUAUAUCGAACGGCUCGGUGCUCUCCACCAACAGCUGGCCGACCACGUCAGACGUGGCGUCCUACGCUUCUGUGACCGGGUUGGGCUUGACGGGCGGACAGACAGCUGGUCUCUGCGCCGGAAGCCUCGGUAUACCUCCUACACCGAUAUCCUACAUGUCGACCUCUAUGGCGACCUUUGUCGGCAACGCCACGAAUCUCGGCAAGAGCUCGUCCGUCUCGUACCUCGACAUCUCCAACAUGACCGGUGGCUCCUUGGCGUCCGGCACCGCCAACUCUCUCAACGGCGGUUACCCCGCCAACGGCGCCGCGGUGGACGCGAAGAACGGCAUGGCGAUGCCUCCUUACGCGGGGAUGCCGGCCUCGGGUGUGAGCAACAACGCCAGCGGUGCUGCUCCCUACGGAGGCAUACAGAAAGGACAAGCGGCGAACGGCGCCGACGGGAAGCCCUCGUCGCGGAAGUUCCAAAACGACACUAUGUUCAACACGUAUCAGCCGUGGGUCAUCAAGACGUACGGCGACCUGGCCAAGACGAAGACCAUCACGAUCAAGAAGUACGCGCGCAUCCUCAGGACAUUGCGGGGCGAAGAGGCGAACAGCGCGGAGAACAGCAAGUUUCGCUUCUGGGUCAAGAGCAAGGGUUUCCACAUCGGCCAGCCGGAAGGCUACGACGCGAAACCGGCCGACAGGAUUAUCGGACGUCACGCCGUCACGAACCCGGGAUUGGAUCCGCCGCUCUACGUGCCCACGCAGCUGCCGCACAACAAGGCGUUGAACGGUGCCGAGGGUACGGUGCCGCCAGGAAGAGUCUACAAAAAAGUCGCGAUCGUGGAGAACUUCUUCGACAUCAUCCAUGCCGUUCACGUCGAUCUCGAGGGUCGUCCUGGGAAGCACGCCGGUCAGAAGCGCACCUACAGAACGAUCACAGAGACGUACGCAUUCCUACCGCGAGAAGCAGUGACGCGGUUUCUGCUGGGUUGCACGGAGUGCCAGCGACGCCCGCGGACGCCGAGUCCGACGAAUCUCUCCAGCCAGCCGCAGUCCACGGCGUCGACGACGACGACAACGUUGACGUCGUCGACGGUGACUUCGUUGAGUCCCAACCCGACGGCUGGUGGCAACACGACUGUCCUGCCGGCGUCGUCGGCCACGUCGGUGCAGAGCAGUUCAAAAUUGCGCGACAAUAGCCACCACGCCGCGUCGUCGUCGGACGGCAAGAACCUGCACAGCUACAGGCAUCAGAAACAACACAAGAACAGCAUCGCGAUAGAGAAGCUCGACAAGGACAAGGAAGAGAAGUACAACCCGCUGAGCAUUAGCAACUUGCUGAAGAAAGAGCCGGUGAACGGUGGCUUUCUGCCGACAGCGGACGCCCUACCGGACUCGAGGAGAACGCCCGAGUCGGACCGGGCGAGCUCGAAGAGCUCGGCUUCGUCCAAGAGGAAGCGAAUGUUGCCGGAGGGACGCACGCCCUCGCCGCAGCCGAGCCAGCCGUUGCCGAGGCCCUGGAGUCCCGGCCUGGACACCAAGAAUACACCCAUUGAUUACAGCCGGCCCAUCACCACUUCAUACCUGAAGCACCAGCAGAGGUUGCUCCAGGCGGAGAAGAACAAGGCCGCAGCGACGGCGACGGCGGCGGCGGCGGCGGCGGCGGCGAUGACGAACGCGCUGCUGAACCCCGUCGAGAACGACCCAAGGUUCGCCGCCAUCGCGACGCCGCUCGUCGACGAGAUGGAGAACGUCGAGCAGGAGAGGUUCUCGCCGGCCACCGGCCUCAUCGACACCAACCUCAAUCUACUCGCGACCAUCCAACACCUGCACUGCCAAGUGAUGCUCGCGCUCACCGAGCGCCUGCGACCGUCGAUCGCGGUGCCGAGCCCGCUGGUGCUGCCGCCGACGCCGGCGAGCGUCCUCACGGGCGCUGCGAUGAUGAUCGGCACGGAAGUGUCGGUGCAGACGGGCGAGAACCACUCGUGAGGCGAUUGGCGCGAGCAAGACAGCGAGUCGUGACUCGGUGUGCUUCAGUGACUCUCUGUCGAGAGAGAGAGAGAGAGAGAGAGAGAGAGAGAGAGAGAGAGAGAGAGAGAGAGAGGGGAUUAGAGAGGCAAGGAAGGAGAGAAAGAGAAGGAGAGAUCUGCGAGAUAUACGGCGGCAAUCGCCGAGACUACGAUUGUGAUCAAGGUGAUGAAUCGCAUUUCACAUCGCGACCGGUCAACCACUUCGCGUCGAUAGUACCGUCGAUAGUAACGAUAAUAACAAUGCUAUAAUAAUAAUAAUAAAG